ACUAUUCUAUGUGAAUAAGAGCUGUACCUUCAGUAUCAGCCUGUAGGGUAGUUUGUAUAACCCACCUAACGCUAAUUCUGAUUAUAAAUGCGUAAAUUAACACCCUGAGCAAAGUCGGCGAUUGCUAGCUUUCACAAAAAUGUGGCACAACCCAUUUCCCCAAUGGUCAGGCCCUGGGGGACAAAUGCCGCCCCAGCAAACAGGUGCGGAUGUCGAUUGGGCAGCUUUGGCGCAAGCAUGGAUGCAAAAUAAUGCAGAAAGGCCUCCACAACCCCCUGAGUUAAUGAAUCAGCCACAGCAGCCGCCUAUGCCCCAACAAAAUUGGAAUAAUCAAAUGUGGAAUAAUAACAACUGGAAUAGUCCUCAGUUUCAACAACCUCAAAACUGGCAAGGUCCUCCACAAAACUUCCACUCUCAUCCUCCUCCUGAGCAAGAUCAUCCUCCCCCGCCUCCUCCCGAUCACACUGAGUUUUUAAAAAGAGAACGAAAUGAUUUGAACCGUGAUAAUAUUAAUAACAGCCCAUAUAUAUUACAUGAAGAUAUGGAAGAGGCCCGGUCGCCAGCUGUGAAUCAUUUUCCGGAUCAUAGGAGUUUUAAUCAUCCAAGAAUGAACACACCCCCAGUUGUUAUGACUCCUCCACACCACAAUAAUGAUUCCUGGCAUCCUCAACCACAGAAACCUCCGGCUAUGCUGCCAUGGAAUAAUAGUCAAUGGGUUGGGCCUUCAAGGGGUGGGGAACCUACUCAAAAUAUGAUGCAGGCCUCUUUUCAGGCCAUGGAUAUGGCAAAGAAAAAAGCUUUGCCUGCAUGGAUUCGCGAGGGUCUAGAGAAAAUGGAGCAAGAAAAACUUAAAAAGGAAAACCAAUUGAGACAAGAAAAUGAAGAGUUUCAAAAUAAAACGUCGGAAAAUCCUAACAAGAGUAAGUUUGAAUCUGCAAGUGAAGAAUCUGAUGCUGAACUUCCGGAAGCUCCUGCAUCCGAGCCUAGUGAUGCAGAAGGAGAAAAGGAAGAAGAAACUCCUCCGCAACCUCUAACUGAGGAAGAGUUAAUGCUUAAAGUCCGGAGGAUGCUGACGGAGAUUCUGCUUGGAGUAACAAAUGAAGAGAUUAAAGAUAUCGCAAAUGAGGUGCAUACUUCUGCUAGUAGAAAAGAGGCAAAAAAAGCAAUCUCUCGCCGGUUGUCUUCUGCAAAUCAGCUAGGGAUCAUUUCCGGGUAUGGAUCUGAUGAUGAAGAGUCAGAAGAGGAAACAAAGUCAUCAGAUAACUCGGAUUCUGAAGAGAGUGAGCAGGAAGAAGUUCUAGAGGGAAAAAUUCAGCAAAAAAUUAAAAAUUUUAAUAAAAACCAAUUUGAACGAAUAAAAAGAUUGGAGGAAGAAGAAUUUCGAAAGAAAAAUGCGUCUGUUAUUGCAAAGGCUAUCAUUAACGAUGUGAAUAGUGAUAGUGAAGAUGAAACAUUGAAGCAAAAUAUUGAGGUUAAUGGGAAAAAUUUGGAUUCUCCAAUUGAUAGUUCUAUUAUCAAAGAUGGCAGAGCUACAGUUAAAGUUCAAAAUGAAGCCCAAAAACUAGGAAGUAAUGAUAAUGAUCAGUAUGAAGUUGCUGGUGAGCAGAAACGAGCAUACUCCAGUGAGGAAUUACAAGAAAAAACUAAAUCCAGGAAAAAAUUAAAAGAUCGAAAAAAAUCUAGGUCAAGAUCAAGAUCGAAAGAAAAGUUGAAGUCAAAACAUGAAAAAAAAUCCAAAGAUAGAAGACACUCACGGUCUAAUUCAUGUGAUCGGAGAAGUUCGAAACACCAAAGACGGUCACGAUCACGAUCACGUGAAUAUGGAAGUUCGCAUAAAAAGACGAGUUCAAGGUAUCGUAGGUCAAGAUCACGGGAAAGGCAUCGUUCUCGUGAAAGAUCUCAUUCACGUGAUAGAUAUUCCUCACGAAAACGAUCACGAUCCCGUGACCGCCAUCGGGGAAGAUCUCAUGAAAAAACCAGGACUCCUUACAGGAAAAGAUCAUAUUCAAAAGAAAGAGUUGAAAAGUCGAGCAAAAAACAAAAAUUGUCAAAACGCGCAAAAAAAAAUUCUUCAGGGAGUGACUCAGAGAAAAUAAAAACAACUAUUAAAACUCCUAGUAAAAAAGCUUCUAAGACUAAGAAGAAACGAAAAUCAAGUAAGAAGAACAAAAAGAAGAAGUCCUCCAAGAAAGAAGACACAAGCUCCUCAUCUUCUACUCCUUCUUCAUCAUCAGAUUUCUCCAGCGAUUGAAAGAGAAUGUUUGCCAAAUGCGGAACAAAAAAUCUAUUGUUAAAAAUGUAUUUUAAUAAGUCCAUUUUUGUCUCAUAGGCUUUAUUAUAAAGUUGUUUAAUUAUGUGCUAUUGCUAUAUCAAAAGCACAUUUUUGUUACAAAAUGCAUGCGCCAGCAUUUUACUUCCAACUAAUUACGUAACAUGUUCUAAGAAAAAAUUGGCUACUGUACCAGGUAUUCUAUAUAUAUUAAUUUUUUGCAACAGGUAAAAAGUCACUGCUGCUCAUACAUACAACACAAAAUAGUUUUGAAAAAAAAUCCCAUUUUGUUAUUUGCCACCUCGUUCCUGUUUAUUUUUCUGGUUAAUUUUUGAUGACAAAUUCACUUACUGCUGUGUAUAUAUUCCAUUGCGUUAUGGAGCUGUUUGACAUAGAUACAACAGAGUGUAUGCAAAAUUUCACAACAAAUUCGCAACCGUAAAAAUUUGGGUUCAAAAUUUUGCUCAUUCUGUAAUAUCUUUUAGCACUGAAGGGUAAGUGAAAAAUUGUGCGACAUUUUUACUGAUCGUUUUCGCUUUUGUAUUUUGUGGCGUUAG